GGUGACCUGUAUAUCUAACUCCUUCCCGGUUUAGCUCGCUGCCAUGGCAGCAGAGGCGAAGGCCCCGCUACUCACUGAGUCCCCCACCAUCUCUCGGACUUCUUCAACAGAGGACUUACCAACACCACAGUCCUCCUUGUCAGAGGCCUUCCCUCCAGAAACAACCAAGGAGAGGCCCCCAAUUGCCAGCUCGGAUCCACCAUCUUACUCCGAGAUCGGGACAGAGGCACUCCUAGAAAACCCAGCAGCACUUUCAUCAGCUGCCGAGGAUAUACCCACCUACGCAGAGGUGUUCCCAUACACGGACCUUGAAGCUCCUCUGGAGAACCCCCUUCCUAGUGAAACUUAUGGGAGUAAGAACAGUUUCUCCUCCCUUAUCGGAGGAAUCAUCUCUCCGAACUCCGUGCAAGCCAAGAAGAUCAUUGUCACGGCAACCUUGAUGCUAGCUGCCCAGUGCAUGUUCUCCAUCAGCAUGGUGAAUUCCGGAUUCCUAGCUGUACAUCUCACCGGACGUAACAUCUCAGGGACUGUGUACGGCCUUGUCGGAUCAGGUGUCGGUAUAGGCUUCAUCAUCGCACCAUUUCUGGGGAUAUUCAAUCGAUUACACUACAGUCGCGGCAUCUCUCACCACAACAUCCUGAUGGGGAUAAUGUUGUGCAGCACCCUCCAGUGUCUCUGCUACGGAGUCUCUGACAUGAUAUCCAGCAAACUGAUCUUCUCAGCAGCUUCCAUCCUCCUGAGGAUCAUAUCCGGAGGGAACAUGUACCUGGGCUGCAUCACCACAGUUGAAGCCAUCAGGACCUGGUUUCCAGACAACUUCCAGCUCGUCAGCAGUCUUGUCACCGGAACUGCUUCCUAUGUUGGAUACGGCACUUUCUCCCUCGUCGGAGCUAUCUCCUACGAGGAUCACGGCUACCAUGCUCCUUAUGUUAUCCUAGGAUUGUUCACCUUGGUCGCCAUGGUCUUCUCUGGAUUAAUUCUCCCCCGCGACGACCUGCCCAUCUCCGAAUUCCAAUCCUUGGAGGAGAAACCCGUUCCGGAACCAGAGGAAGAAAAGGAUGGACGAUCAGAUUCACUCUCCCCACUGGUUUUCCUCCCAAUCUCCGGGCAGUACCUGAUCAAUCUGGUCUCAGGAUACUGCGUCAUAACUUCAGUCAUAUUCCUGAUGGAAUGCUGUGAUGUCUCCAACUCCAGGGCAAGCAGUCUGAUAUUCACCAACUUCUUGGCCACCGCUGCCGGCUUUCUCAUAGCAGGUUUCAUCUCUCAACGAAGAGCGCUGAGCGAAACCACACAAGCUAUAGUAGGAUGCUGUCUUGUAUUCAUUGGCACUCUCCUCCUCUUCCCCUCCCCCUCUCUCCCCCUUCUCUACACCUCUACCCACUUCACCGGAUACUUCUCCAUCUCUCUCCUAGGACUGGGAGACCCCCUGGUAACAAACGUGACUAUCUCCAACAUGGAGCGUAUCCAGACUGUCCUGUGUGGGAGGCGACUCACCGCUCAGCAGAAGAGCAGCAUUGCAUCCAUCUGGCUGAUUGGAUGGGUGGGUGGCGUCAACUCUGGAAUGUUCCUAGCAGGCAUAUUCCUGGAUCACCUGACCUUCCUGCAGGGGGCCUGUGUCGUGGCUGGACUCUGCGUACUUGCUGCUUUCAUCUUCGGGAUCCUGAAACUCGCGUUUGGGAUGGCUCUGAGAAGGUCUGCUGAGCAAGUCGAGCCGGAGUUGAGUGUGUCUAGUUGUGAGAUCGAGUACGUUUAAGUGACACACCAGACCUUAUACAUUGAACAUGAAACAUUUAAUCUGAUACAUUAGACGUAAAUUAUAGCAUGUUUAAUUUUGUUGAACUUUUUGAGCUGUUUUCUCUUAUUAAAAGACUCGAGUAAGUGUAAAGUAAAUAUUAAAUUGCUGACAUUUUAAGAGAAAAGCUGCUGCUGUGUAAUUUGGUAUUUUAUGUGGUUUUUCAUUUUAUGGCUUGGAUUCAGGAAUGGCAAACGGUUAUAUAUAGAUGUACGUUCCUGAAGUUUUUUAUUGUUACCAAAUUUACACAAUAUAUUUGGAAUAUAUAAAGAUUCCGCCUUUCAUCCUAAUAAUUAUUUAUUAUAAACUCUGUGAGUAAAGAUGAUGUAUAUAAUUUUCUGAAUAGUUAUUUUUAUGUAGCUUUGCAUGGAUAAGACUGUUAUUUGAAACUAUUUACUUUGAGUAUUACCCCGAAGUUUUUCCGUGAUCUGUGCGAUACAACCCAGAGAAAUAUGCAAACUUUUUCAAGAA